AGUAAUUUAGUCAUCACUUACUCACGCAGACGCCGUGCACGUAAGAAAAAGUUGGAACAAGAACCUGUCAAUGUGGAGCAAUCAAACAAAGGUAUUGCUGUUACUGGAAUGAUCUUGUUACAAAGUUCUGGAUAUGUUUUUGUUAUUUCAGUUUGCCAGUUUUGUUUGAGUGAGGAAGACUGUGAAGUAAAUUAUGGCACCAUAUUUGAAAAAGAGGAUGUUAUUGUGCACUACUUUUGCAUGCUAUUGUCUAGUGGUCUGUGUCAGAAUGCCAGAGUCAGUGACAAGAAGAGUAUUCUUGGCUUUACACUUGUGGACAUCAAGAAAGAGCUACACAGAGGCUCUCGGCUGAAAUGCUGCUUCUGUCGGCAAAAAGGUGCAACUAUAGGAUGCUGUGUCAAGUCAUGUAGAAAAGUAUUUCAUCUGAGCUGUGGCCGCGAGCAUGGGACUAUGCACCAGUUUUUUGACAGUUUCAGGUCCUACUGUGAGAAUCACAGACCAGAACAGAAACUGCCCAAGAAGAAACCUGGUCAGUUGAACCCUGCUAAGACCUGUUCUAUUUGUUUCUGUCUUGUGACGUCAAAGGCUUCUUGUGAUACUCUGAUACCACCAUGUUGCCAGAAGUCGUUAUUCCAUCGACAGUGCAUGCAGCAAUAUUCUCUGUCUGCGGGCAUGCACUACUUCAAAUGUCCACUUUGCAACUCAGUUGAAGAAUUUCAGAUGGAAAUGAGAUCAUAUGGUAUCUAUAUUCCAGAUCAGGAUGCUUCAUGGGAGAGAGAACCAAAUGCAUUUGAGGAGUUGCUGGAACGACACAAUUGCUGUGAUGUCUCAGAGUGUGCCUGUCCUGAAGGCAGGCAGUUUGAUGCAGACUCUGGAAAAUUUGAACUGCUACUCUGUGGCUGGUGUGGAGCCUAUGGUUCACACAAAGCCUGCAAUGGGCUUGUGUGGAGAGGAGUCCAUUUAGUCUGCUGUGACUGUGCAGAGAUAAUUGACAAUGGUGAGUAG